AUGAAUUACACAACCGUCUUAUGCUUGUGGGUCGCGCAUAAGUUAUCUUAUAAAGAUAUACCGUUAAACGUUGAUGUCGACCUCACAGACGAUGAGAACGAUACCACAGAUGACGUAUUGGCUACAGGUAGUGAAUUUAAUGCUGAUGUCAAGGAUGUCUUGUUCGUUUUGGAUAUAACAAAUAAUGAGGAUUACACAACUGAUAUUGAUAUAUUUGAUGGUGCGGUUUUUGUUGAUCAGUAUAUUCCUGAUUGGCAUACUCGAUGCAUUAGUGACAGCUGUUUACAAAUGGAGGUUUAUCAGGGUGACUCAGACUUAAAAUUCGGAAUAACGCCACUUCGCGGUAAGAUGACAUGUGACUACACUGGAAACACACAAAGUCCAUUAGAAAAUCUAUCCAAUCGAGUUUUUAAUGGAAUGGCAUAUCUUGUAUUAAUGAUCACUCAAGCCUUUCAAACAAAUGUGGAAAGUGGAGUUGGUGAUUAUAGUGAAUCUGGAUAUGAUGAAAAUGAGGGUGGCAGAGAUGGAGAAGAUAGAGGUGGAACUGGUGGUCGUCAAGGAGAUCGAGGAGGCAGAUCUGAUGGUAGAUCAUGUGGAAGAUCUGGUGGUAUAUCAGGCGGAACAUCUAAUGGUAGAUCUGGUAGCAGAUCUAGUGGUAGGUCAGGUGGUAGAUCUGGAGGUAGAUCUAGUAGUAGACCUAAUGGCAGAAAUAAUCGCGGUUAA